ACACUAAGCCCACGUAUGUUUGGCUUAGAAAAACACUUUGUCCUGGUAAUAUUAUUUCCUUCUGUGGAAGAGGACUUUGCUCCGCUGCUCUCUGUGUUUGCUCCCGUCUGUGGCGCAGAAUGUUUACCUUGCUGUGAUUAGGAAUUAUUAAGCUGAACUCUAAUGUGCGUGUUUUAAUCCCUCUGAGCCCCCCUCCCCCAAAAUCAUCUGAAAAACUCAUCUCAAAACUCACUCACCGUGGCAGAGCAGAAGUUUAUUAUUGUUAGACAAGACACUGAAAGUGUCUUUAAAAAUAAACAGCAUCCAAGAGUGAGGUGCUUAAAGUAACGCUUUGUUUAGCUCAUUGUUUCUAAGAGUGCGGUUAAAAUAUGACGAGUAUGUGUGAAAACCUGGGUCUGUUUUUUUUAUGAUCAGAUGACUGUCCCAGCCUCUAGCUGAGCUGCACAACCAAGGUUGUCACACAGGUUUUCCUUCACGCCCACAGACGCAUGCUUGAAAUAAACAGCAGGGCGUGGAAACUACCCUGCCUUUUUUUUUUUUUUAAUGAUACUUUACCCUGUUCCUUCACUCAGUCUGUUGGUCUGCUGUAGAAGUGUGUGUGUCUGUGUGUGUGUGUGUGUGUUCGCUGUCGCCUCACCGGCUUCAGCUGUGUGUACGCAUCAGUGAUCCAGCGCACUAAGGAUGGCGGAGGAGUCUGUUCCAGAGGGCCCCAACCUGAAGGAGCUGAGCGAGGAGGAACUCUGGGAGCUGAUCAAUGACAACCGUCACCGGAUCUCCCUCGGGGUCCGACCAUGCAUCUUGUUCCCCUAUCUGAGGCAGGUCAAGGUUCUCACAGAGGUGGACGAAGACGAGAUCCUUUCCCGUCACAACCUGACUAAUCGCUGCAUGAGAACAAGCUACAUGUUGGAUCUGCUGAGGACCCAGGGGAGAAACGGAGCCAUAGCUCUGCUAGAGGGGCUGAUGAUUCAUUACCCAGUUCUCUACACCCAAGUUACGGGACGUAAGCCCAGCACAGAGCCCUCGAGAUUCAGCGGCCUGAUCAAGUACUCAGAGCUGACCGAGUACCUCAUCAGAGCGGUAACAGGGAUGCAGACGGAGUUGCAGGAGGCCCGCAACGAGGCCGGCAAGAUGAGCGCCCGCUGCUCCUCCCUGGAGUCGGAGGUCAGCCAGCUGAUGGAGCAUGAAGAGAAGUGCAGCCACCUUCAGACUGAAAACGAGCGCUUGCAGAGACACCUGGGUUCUCUGCAGCGGGAAGUCACCAAGCUGAAGGACGAGAAGUGCGACUUGUACAUCCGCUACACCGCAAGCAUUGAGGAGAAAUCGGCUAUAAAUGGGCGGCUGCACGACCUGAACCUGCAGGUGUAUCAGCUGCAGACGGACCUGCAGAGCAUUCAGAUGGAAAAUGAGUUCCACAAACAGCGUUCCCUCCGAAGCGUUUCUUCUUCUCAGACCCCGCAGCUGCAAGAGGAGGCUCAUAAGGACAUCCUGCAACAGGACUUGGCGGAGGCAAUCGACAGUCAGGUGGAGCUGGCGGAGCACCUGAAAAGCUACAGAGAAGAGAAUGAGAAGCUGCUCCGAGACAAACAGGGGCUCUUGAAUCAGACAGAGGCUCUGAGCCUUCAGGUGCAGCAGCUCUCUCUGGACUGUAAGAUGCAGCAGCAGAAGAGCAUCGUGGUCCAGAGCCAGAUGAAGGAACUUCAGGCAGAGAGGGACCAGGCCUACCAGUCCAGAGAUGAUGCCCAGGCCAUGAUCGCCCGCAUCCUGGCUGAGAAGGACACACUGAGGAGUCAGCUGGUGGAGCUGCAGGAGGCCGUCUUCAUGCUUCAGGCAAAGCGCAGCCCCAGACCCCGCCUGCGGAAAUCCAGUGUGAAGGAGAUCAGCUGGGAGAGCCCAACUUCCAGCUCUGAAGAAUGUCCUCUUCUGGUCCGACAGAGACUACGGCGCAUGGACGCACUUAACCCCAUGUCCCUGAGUUCCUGCACCUCAGAGUCAGAAGAUGCUGUCCCCUCCAGCAUCCGAUCCAAAGGCGUCGAACCACCCAGUCCGGCGUCUCUCCGUAGAAGACAAGAAGUUUUUUUUGAAGAGAGCAGUUUGGAAACAGAAGACACCGACUCUGUGCUGGACGACUUUGUGUUACUUUCUGAUGCAGGGAGUGAAGACGAGCAGAAACCCAGACCUUCCUCCUCUCGUGGCUCCAACUCUGUCUGCGUCUCAAAAUCUUCAGCCCCUCCCUUCCUGGUGCGUUCUCGUCCAAAGGCCAUCCGCGUCAACGGCCGUGUCCUCAGCCUCUCCCUCCAGUGCGAGGCACUGCUAAGCCAGCUCUCGGUCGUGGGAGGAAACAAGUCUGGAGUGUUUGUGCACCAGGUGACUGAGGGCAGCGCCGCCCAUGCUGUCGGCAUCAGCCCCGGGGCGCAGAUUGUGGAGGUCAGGUAUGAGCAAAACAGCAGGGCUCUGAGGAUGGUGCUGGAGGACUCCACUCUGGAAGAAGCUACGUGGGCUCUGGGCCAGGUUACGGGCUUCUGUCAGCUGUCCCUCCGCCCCAGGCAAAACGACUAUGAGGCACUGCUGCAGCAGCUGCAGAACAGCACGAUGUCGUCGGGAGACUCCUUUUACAUUCGGGUCAACUUAUCCCUUCCCGCCGGUGCUAGCGGGACCUUGGCCGUGUCGUGCAACGACAUCCUACAUGUGACAAACACGAGACCUGCCGGCACCGAGGAUCUGUGGCAAGCGAGCCAAGUUCACCCGUGCCAGCUGCUCGACCUGCACAGUGGAACAGUACCCAAUUAUUACAGGGCCCAGAGACUUUUGAUUCAAACAAUUGAAGAUAUGAGCUUUCAGACAAAGAAUUGCCUGAAGGCUGGACGAGAAAACACUUGGAGUGGACAGAAGGCAGUGAGGAUUGUCAGCACGGGGCGCCAAGGAAGGAACCCUCUGUGGGUCAGUGUGGAUGAAGAAAACACGAACGGCACCGAGUCAGGUUCUCCGGUGCCACCCAAAAGCUGUGUAACCCUCAUGCCCUACACCCUUGUUACUCCUCACUUCCCGCCAGUCUGCAGGCCUAUCCUGCUGCUGCCAACAAUACUGGGACGCAUGCUGGAGAAGAAGCUGGCCAGCUGGCAGGGCUUUCAACUCUGUGAGCCUGAGACGUUGACCUCCAGUGAACAUGCUGCUCGGCUCCAGAGGUCUGAGGUUCUGGAGGAGGUGGAGCCUGGUGGAAACCAGUGCUACACUCUUCAAAGUGUUGAGAAAGUCAUGAAAAAGGGCCUUCACUGUGUGCUGCCGUUAGGCCUGGACUGUGUGCGUCGGCUGCACCGCUCCGAGAUCUAUCCAGUUAUCAUCUUUAUUGGCGUAUCUGCACGCAACGCACGUAAACUGAAGUCAAAGCUGCAGCGUGGCGGCCAGACGGAGGAACAGCUGCUUGCAUGUUCAAAGAGCGAGGAGCCGCUGUUGGACAAGCUGCCGUGCCUGUAUCACAGCAUGGCUCCGGACUCCUGGUGUGACCAGAACUCCCUGCUGACCAGCCUUCGCACCGUCAUCUGGGAGGAGCAGAGGAAGGUGGUCUGGGUGGAGCCGGACCUGUGGUGAAGAUAAGGGGAGGAAAAUGGAGAUAACAUUAUAUAUAUGUAUAUAAGAUGAAUAAGCUUUACAAGAUAUAUUUUUGUAAACUUGAGUAUGUAUCCAUGAUACUUGUGAGUGUAUAAAGUCCUGCGGGAAUGCCCUGUAUAAACUGUAUAUUAUCUUCCAUUUUCGGUAUUUGUUUAUAACAAGCAUUUGUAAAAACAAGAAAUUGUAUCUCCACGUUUGCUGUAGGUCAGUUCUUAUUAUGAGGGAUUGCAUCUGGCAUAGAUCUCUUUUAAAUCACUACAUCUAACCACUACUGUUUUUUAAAUGUUGUCCAGAGGGCAUUUUUAUCUCACUGUGUUUUUUAAUUCUCUUUUGUUAAAUAAAAGGUUAUUGUUGCACAUUUAAUAAGUAUCACAGA